AUGGAGCUGGAUGUGCAUUUGAAGAGAGAUGGCGCUGAGUCGUGGGGCUUUCGUCUCAUCGGCGGAAAGGAUUUCAACAUGCCCCUGACCGUCGUCAAGGUGUCACCAGAAUCGCCAGCAGACAGAGCUGGUCUGCAGAACGGUGACGCAGUGUGCAGUAUGAACGACAGAGAUACUCAGGACUUGUCUCAUGACAGCGCCAAGCAAGUAGUGGUCGAUUCACUUGACACAUUAAAAAUGACGGUGAAACGCGGUCUCUACGACCCGGUUUUAGACGACUACGAGCCGAUAUACGAGCCGGUAGACCAGGGAGAUUUCGACCAACCAUCACAACCAACUGAGGUAGACCCAUUUGCCAUCCAACAGUUUCUAGACAACAGUAACCCAGAGCUGCCAGAACUACGUGACAUCGAAACCCCAGGCUACCCAAUUGAACCUACAGAACUACUAUCCCGAUCUCUAACCGCUUCCCCUUUCGUACUUCCAACUAAGCCCUACAGGCCCUUUUCUACUGAACCUCUACCCCAAAUACCAUCGUUAGAAGACCCUAUUAUACUUAACCCCAAUUAUAAAGACCAAUUCGGUAACCUUGAAGAUGGAGAAACUCUUCCAGAAACAAGAUUCAAACUUCCCAUUUCUGAACAAUAUGAUCCCGACGGUAGUAGGAAAAAAGGGAAUAUUUCCGAUAAAACAUCUAAAGAAUCACUUAACUCUGAAAGUAGUUUGAAAAAAACUAUGACCUUUGAAGAGAGAGCUAAGAAAGAAAAUAUUAUAUCUGAAGAGAUGCAACACAAAACGAUGAUAGAUGAAGUGAAGUUUAUGAAGAAGAUGAAAGAAGAAAUUGACAUGCAAAAUAUUGAAAUGACAGCCAUGAGUCUGGUUGAUGAAAAUAUCGAGAGAGCUGUUUCAGUGGCUGACGAAAUAAAAAAAGAAAUAGAUGUUGAGUUGUCUGAACACAUAGUAAGCGCUGAAGCUAACGAGUUGAUGAUAAAUAAAGAAUCGGUAAAUAUUUCAAAUAUAGCCAGUCAAAAGAUAACCAAUGAAGCGAAUGAGCUCGUAGAGCUAAUCGACAAAACUACUGAAGAUAUUAUUAGUUACAAUGGAAGCAAAUCGGAAGUGAAUGUUGCAAAAGAAGUAGAAAAAAUUGAGAUCAAUAAAUCCAAAGAUGAAGAUAUAUCUGUAGCUGAAAGAAAGUUAUCUGCUAAGCGAGAAAUUGAAGAAAGUAUUGUUUCGGGAAGUGUAAGAAGGAAAUCAGAAAUAUUUGAUAAAAAUGUGGAAAGUAAUCAUGUUGAACAACAGGUUGCAAGAAAAAAUGUAGCAGUUAAGCAAGAUAAAAUAAUAGUUGAGAGCUAUAACUCCGAAGAAGCUGAUAAAUCAGAAGUAAUAAAUCAAAGUACAAAUAAGGGUCAACAAAUAAAAAAAGAAUCGAUUAGUGCAUCACAAAAAUCCAGUGUGAGAAGUGAUACUAAAUCUUCCCAGUACAAAGCUUAUACGAUUGGUUUGCAAACAAUACCAAAUAUAAAAGGCACCAUACAUUCAUCUUAUCAUUAUAACUUAUUGCUUAAAACGUUCUUUAUACAUUUAACUGAUGUAAUGGUUGCUUUGUCAAGAUUUAUUUUAACUGAAUCUGUCUUUAAUAAAGAUCUAAAUGCUGAAAAGAAAGAAGUUAUCGAAAGCGAAACUACAUCUGAAUCUGUUCGUUUAAAAAGUGAAGAAAAUAUAAUAGUAGAUGAAAAGCAGAAAGAAUUAAAAGUUGCUGAAGUUCAAGAAGAUAUGACGAAAAGGAAAAUAAUGAAUAUAAAAUCUGACCAAAAUAAAAUUCAGGCUGAAGAAGUUGUUGAGGCAGAACAAGACAUGGGAAUAGAGACAUCAGUAAACAAAGAGGGCCUUAAAAAAAUUGAGUAUGUGAAAACAGAUAAUGUCAAAGAUCAUCACGAGUUAGAAGAUGUUUCCGAAACAAGAAUACUAACAGGGGCUAAAAUGGCUCAAAUGACUGAAAGAAAGUCUGAAGAGCUAACUCUUAAGAUGGGUGCAGUAAUAUCAGAAUUUGAAACUAAGGCUGGAAUAGAAUCAUCUACAGAAGCAAGAGAAAGGAGAUCUAGAAGUCGUAGUAGAAUUGAAGAAGAGGUGGCUAGAGAAAGUGAUCCUUUAGAAUGGCUUUCAAAGGUUGAUAAACAAACACAAGAAAUAACCGAACUAAAAAGCGAAUCCAAAUCUUAUAGCACCAUUUCCGAAUCAGUCGAACAAAAGAGAGUUGAGACCACAGAAAAGCGGGAAAAAUCUUGCUCCAAGACAAAAAGCGGGAACCAAAUGUAUGUUGCUAUUGUAGAGUCACAUGUAUUUACAAACAAAGAUGCUAUAUUUGAAGAUCAAGCUGCAGAAUUAUCUGAAACAUCAUCUGUUCAAAAUGCAGAUGAAGUUAACAUUGCAUUACAAGCUAAUGAAACAAUUACUACCGAGAAAGUUGCACUAGAAAGCAAACAAACGAAAAAAGAAGUUGCUGAAGCUACAUUAGAAGAAUCUCGUGAAUUAACUAUUAUUAAUGCUCAAAAUAAGGCUGUAGAAGUCAUACAAGACAUUAAAUCAGUAGCUGCAGAAGCAGAAAAAGUAAAAAAUAUUAAAAGUACCGAAAGCACAGCUCAAGAUAUCGUUAUACAAGAGGUGAUUGAACCUGUAAUUGAAACACAAGAAGUUAAGAAAAUCGAAAAUAGCCAUGAAGAAGUUUGUAUAAGCGAAGAAGAACAAGUUCAACAAAGUGAUCAAAUAAUUGAUGUCCGAGAAGAAAAACAUACCAUAAGCGGCUGCGAGAUCGCAAAAACAGCAGUAAAACAAUUAAGUCAUGAAACCAUUCACGAAAAACAUCAUGAAGAACAAUCACUUAUUAUUAUUGAUAAUACUAGCGUAGAAGUAACAGCUCAAAAUAUUAAAGAAGAAGUAAAAGCAUUAAAAAUAGAAAAACCAGACGAAGUGAUUGCAGAAGUAAACAUUAAGCGACCUACUAAAUUAAAUCUUUCAAAAAAUGUAGCUUCAAGUGAAUUAAAAAUAAUCAAAGAACAAGUCGUUGAAGUAGAAAAUAGAACAAAAUGCAUUGAAGAGACGGAAUCGUCGAUGAAAAAUCAAACUGAAGUUAUAGAGAUUGAAAAUCACUCUUCUGCUUACCAAAAUCAUACGAUGGAAAGUUAUGUGUCUAAUGAAGUUGUACAAGAAGCGUCGUUCACAGCGAAGACCUCUGAACAAUCUAAAAAACUUACUCUACAAAUGGAUUUGGCUGAACAAAGGAGAUUGCAGAGCCAAAACUCUGAAAUUAGCGAGCCACCUAGCACCAUAGACACACCUACUCCUGCUACUGUCCCUCCUACUCCACUAACAGAUGAAUAUGUAUUUAAACUACAAAUUCCACUGCCUAAAAAUGUAGGAACCCCUAUUCCCAGAGAUUGCACUCCUACCCCCGAAGAUGAAGAUCCUCAUAUUGUAAAAAAGAAACUGAUUGCACAUAUUGAUACCACGUUAGACUCACCUGUUAUUUAUGACCCCCCACUUUCAUCACCACCUGUAGAUAAGGUUCAAUCUCCUGUUUACACAAAGCCUGGCCUUAGGGGAGGUUCUGAUAGAAGGGUGUACAGGAAAAGAGGAUUUGCGAAGAAGGAAGAAAUUCUCGAGAUAGAAAGAAAGUCAUCCCUUCUAGCAUCAGCCAUUGACGAAACCAUCAAAUGCAUUGAAGAAUACAAAGAAGAAGUGGGAAUCGAUACGAAAACAGAAACGAAAACCGAGAAAUUCUCUAAAACUGAAAAGACUGUCUCAAAGACUAUUGAAGAGCAUAAAACUUCAAAGCAAGAACCGAAUGUUGAAAGUCAGCCGAUCAUUUACAAUGGCUAUGCGAAAACAGAAACAAAAGUUUAUAACAGCAUUCAAAACAAUGACUCCAAAAUGGAUGACGAAUGGAAUCACGUCGACGAGCAAGUGAAAAGCAACAAUGAAAAACUUAGCGAACUCUCUGUAAAAAUUGAAAGAGAAAAGAAAGAAAAGGAUUCUAAAAUUGAAACACGACCGGAGAAGAAUGAGUUAUUAGAAACUACAUCCAUGCCAAACUCAAAAGAAUUAGUUGAUGUGGAGAAACCGACAGAGAAACUAACCAAUGGGAUAGACAUUAGUAAACCAAGUGAUAUUUCAGCUUCCUUUGAUAUUAUACUUUGUCCCGAUGUUAAACCUAUAGAUGGGAAUGAAGCACCACCAGUUAUGUUUAAAGUUGAAGAAAAGAAAGACCCCUUAGAAGGGUACAGACCAAUUCAGUUCAAUCCCGAGGAAUUGAGACAAAUUAAAAAGAAUUUACAAAGUGUACACCUAUCUGUGCAGGCACAAAUGGAAAGAGCUACCUCCCCAAGCUACUUGGAUGCAAGUGGACAACUAUUGGGUACACAUCAGGGCAUCGUAGAUGGUCUAGAAGAAGCAGUAGUGGACGCCGAAGUCGCAAAUGCUGCAAAAGCAAAAUCAGUUAAUAAUUUCCUAAAAAGAUACAACAAUAACUUUUUUGAUACGUCAAAUUUGACAGCUUGCCAUUCAUUUUAG